AUGAAAACAAUAUCUAUCCUGUUGACAACUCACCUAUUUCUUAGCAUUACACUUGCAGCAUCCAUUGAUGGACAGUCAGUUAAUGGUGGAAUGUACACAUAUAAUAAUUCAGUCAGUCUACCAAUACCUUUAUCUAUAGAAAAUAAUUCAAGUCAAAAUAAUAUGAAUAACAUACCGAAUAAAAAAGACGUGGAGAGUAUAGCAGCAUCAAAGCCAAGCAGUGAUGAUGAUGAUGAUGCAGUCAGUCAAUUUCAAAUGCCUUUUUUGAUACUUGAUAAGUCAUUGGAACAAUUACAGCAUACUAUACAACGAGAAAUUUCACAUAACCAACCAUCUCAAAUAGAAACUUCAGAAAUGGAAGGUAAGAGUAAUAAGAAUUUAGAUGAACAUAACAAUUCAACACAACACCAAUUUAUAUUACAAAUACAAGGACCAAACCAAAAACAACUUGCAGUUCAAACACAACAUGCAAGUAAUCAAAAUAUAAAACCAAAGCGUGUACAAACACAAAUACAAUAUGCUCAGCAGAUAUAUCAACCAAUAAGUGGAACUAAUGAAAGCAAAGAGUCGUCAAAUAUAUAUCAAGAGCAAUUUCAAAAACCAAUCAGCACAUCAGAAACACACCAAAAAAUCGAAAAUGAAAAAAAUGAAAUCCACAAAAAUGAACAAACCCAAACAAACAUUGAAAACAAGACGGUAAAGACAGUUGGACAUCAACUAUCUCACAACUCACAACAACCGGGACCACUUCCCAUGAUUCCAGUUCUCGGUCCCGAUGUAGACGGGAUGAAUCCACCUCCUCACCAGAUGAACGCAUCGCCAGUCGGACAACCACCAUCUCACAACUCACAACAACCGGGACCACUUCCCAUGAUUCCAGUUCUCGGUCCCGAUGUAGACGGGAUGAAUCCACCUCCUCACCAGAUGAACGCAUCGCCAGUCGGACAACCACCAUCUCACAACUCACAACAACCGGGACCACUUCCCAUGAUUCCAGUUCUCGGUCCCGAUGUAGACGGGAUGAAUCCACCUCCUCACCAGAUGAACGCAUCGCCACUUCAUAACAAUCUGAAAAGAGAUUCAAAGAAACAGAUACAUACAGUGAUGAAAACAAUAUCUAUCCUGUUGACAACUCACCUAUUUCUUAGCAUUACACUUGCAGCAUCCAUUGAUGGACAGUCAGUUAAUGGUGGAAUGUACACAUAUAAUAAUUCAGUCAGUCUACCAAUACCUUUAUCUAUAGAAAAUAAUUCAAGUCAAAAUAAUAUGAAUAACAUACCGAAUAAAAAAGACGUGGAGAGUAUAGCAGCAUCAAAGCCAAGCAGUGAUGAUGAUGAUGAUGCAGUCAGUCAAUUUCAAAUGCCUUUUUUGAUACUUGAUAAGUCAUUGGAACAAUUACAGCAUACUAUACAACGAGAAAUUUCACAUAACCAACCAUCUCAAAUAGAAACUUCAGAAAUGGAAGGUAAGAGUAAUAAGAAUUUAGAUGAACAUAACAAUUCAACACAACACCAAUUUAUAUUACAAAUACAAGGACCAAACCAAAAACAACUUGCAGUUCAAACACAACAUGCAAGUAAUCAAAAUAUAAAACCAAAGCGUGUACAAACACAAAUACAAUAUGCUCAGCAGAUAUAUCAACCAAUAAGUGGAACUAAUGAAAGCAAAGAGUCGUCAAAUAUAUAUCAAGAGCAAUUUCAAAAACCAAUCAGCACAUCAGAAACACACCAAAAAAUCGAAAAUGAAAAAAAUGAAAUCCACAAAAAUGAACAAACCCAAACAAACAUUGAAAACAAGACGAUAAAGACAGUUGGACAUCAACUAUCUCACAACUCACAACAACCGGGACCACUUCCCAUGAUUCCAGUUCUCGGUCCCGAUGUAGACGGGAUGAAUCCACCUCCUCACCAGAUGAACGCAUCGCCAGUCGGACAACCACCAUCUCACAACUCACAACAACCGGGACCACUUCCCAUGAUUCCAGUUCUCGGUCCCGAUGUAGACGGGAUGAAUCCACCUCCUCACCAGAUGAACGCAUCGCCAGUCGGACAACCACCAUCUCACAACUCACAACAACCGGGACCACUUCCCAUGAUUCCAGUUCUCGGUCCCGAUGUAGACGGGAUGAAUCCACCUCCUCACCAGAUGAACGCAUCGCCAGUCGGACAACCACCAUCUCACAACUCACAACAACCGGGACCACUUCCCAUGAUACAAGGGGAGAAUUGUGAAUGA